AUGGAUUCUUUAGGAUCAUAUCGUGGAAGGCAAAGAGGGGACUGGCGUGACUACCCUUGGCCUGCAUCUACAUUCACUGAUUUGUGGGACCCUUACAACAAUUGGGACAUUGGUCGUCGGGGCGUUGGCAAUGAUGAUAUCACCUAUGCUCUUGCUCAUGCUCACGUUGACUGGCGUGAGACUGAUACAGCUCAUAUCUUCCGUGCUGAUCUCCCUGGGGUGAAGAAAGAGGACCUGAAGGUGCAAGUGGAAGACAAUAAGAUACUGCAGAUAAGCGGGGAGAGGGUGAAGGAGAAGGAGGACCAAAACGACAAGUGGCACCGCGUUGAGAGGCAGUGCGGCAGCUUCAAGCGGCGGUUCCGGCUGCCGGAGGACGCGAACUCCGAACAGAUUGGGUGCACUCUGGAGAAUGGUGUCCUCACGGUGACCGUGCCCAAGAUCGAGACCAAGCCAGAGAACAAGAAUGUGAGGCUGAUCAAUGUGGCUUGA